UAGAUAUUGACGAAUGUGAGAGUGGUGCGGCAGAUUGUUCUCAACUCUGCAUCAACACACUCGGGUCCUUCCAAUGUGCCUGUCACCCUGGGUAUAGUCUACUUGCUGAUGGCAAGAUGUGCCAAGCUGGUGGAGGAGGGCCAAGGACAGUUCGAGCAUGUGAACACAGCGGGGUCCCUGUGUCCCUGGAUUGCUCCUCGGGUACGAUCCACAUAACGGCCGCCCUGUACGGCCGCAAACAGCACGGGCUCUGCCCGGGACCUGUGUAUACCACGGACUGUGAAAGCUCCAGAAGCCUGUCGACUGUGAAGUCCAAAUGCGACGGACACAGCACCUGUUCUGUCCAGGCGUCAAACAGCCUGUUUGGAGAUCCCUGUCAAGGGACGGUGAAGUAUUUGGAGGUCACAUAUCAAUGCGAGGUAAAUGUUGCCCUCAGCAAAAAGGCCACACAGAGCAGUUUGCUGAGAUCGGAAUAUCCUGCGGAACGAGCUGUGGACGGAAACACAGGAACCAUUCUGUACCCUCGACAGCAAUGCACACACACGGACCUGGAGUACGAGCCGUGGUGGAAGGUUAAUCUUGGAGACACUUACGUCAUCAGUCACGUGACAGUCAUUAACCGCGGAGACUGCUGUGGAGAACGACUGCGAAACUUCAUGGUACGAGUCGGUCCACAUGGGGACUUCCGUGAAAAUACACCAUGUGGUGACAUUUACUCGGAAACUCCAUCGGAAGGAGAGACUAUCGACGUUCGGUGUGAGGAGCCCAUCUCAGGGAGGUGGGUGUCUGUCCAGCUGAUCGGCCGGGAGGACUACCUGUCUCUGUGUGAGGUACAGGUGUUUUCAGGGACAGAUCGUUCCUGUAGCAGGCUUCCUGAGGUUGAACACGGCAUGUUUGAGGUGUCCUCAUCAGACAGUACAGUAGGACGUGUGGUGUGUAACGACGGGUACCGCGUACUGGGAAACCCCGUGCUUCGGUGUGACAUGACCGGCCACUGGGGAGGAGCGCUCCCGAGGUGUAUAGUGCACGAUUGUGGAAAGCCGAAACAACUGAAGAACGGAGCUCGACUAGGAUCGGGCCACGCCGUGGAGUACAACUGUAACAAGGGUUACCUCAUGGUGGCAGGGGACGGGGUAAGGACCUGUCAGUCAAAUGGCGUGUGGAGCGGAGAACACCCCGUCUGUAAAAAGGCAGACUGUCCCCAGCUUCCAAAAGCAGAAGGCCGUCUUCGCGUCCUUGGUUCCCAGCUGAUUACAGGGAGCAUGGUGCGGUUUGUGUGCCCGCCUGGGUAUGACCUGCACGGACCGACAACCUCAACCUGUGGCACUAACGGCCAGUGGUCACACGGCAAUGACCUGCCAGAAUGCGACAAAAACGAAACGGAGAAUUAAGACGAGUCGAGUCCGGACGUGGUUCACGCCAAGAAUGUCUAAAUGAAGCGUGAGAUGGUUAAAUGAUCAACAACUUCAAUCUGCUGGUCUAGAUAAUCGCAAAUUGUCAAGCAACAAUAACAGCAUUUUCUCUCGUCAAAAUGUAACAAACAGUGUCCAGUUUAAUUCCGGAAUUCCAGUUUAAUUCCGGACUAAUUCCCAUAUCUCAGCAACCUUACGUCUAGAUGGGCUAAUAUUCUAAGAUAUAGGUAAAAAUGAUGUAAGAAAUAUGUAGUAGCCAUCGGUGACCCCUUGGAAAUUAACCAUAUUCUGCAGAAUUCUGGGAACUAGAGCCAGAAUUCU